AUGGAUUACCCUGAAAUUUCUAGUUUUACUCCAGAUCAACGAAAUGCACACGAACAGGAUUUGUCGAUAACGGUUUCUUCUAGCAAAGUAAUAAACAGUCGAACCGCUAUUAAUAACGGAACCGUUAAAAAUGUAGCCCAAGAAAAAUCUAUCGAAAUGAAGGAAGCAAUUUCAAUUGCACCGACUGUUAGAUUCAGAAACGAAAUACAAAGGAAUAUUUGUAUCAAAUUGGAAAGAGUCCAGUUCGAUCGAAUAGGCAGGAUAACGUGGCCCCGCACCCUGCAAGGAAUCAAAGUACAAAUCUACAAAACGAAGAAACCCCGACGAAGAACCAACGCCGACGGCUCCUUAGUCAGCACAUACUCCAAAGAAUUCGUCGUCGAAAAGAUCCUCGAUCAAACGUACGACGCCUCGACCAAAAGCCACAUGUUCCUAGUGAAAUGGCAGGGCUACCCGAUGGAGAAGAACACCUGGGAACCCGUCGAACACCUAAGAAACUCCCCGUUAGCCCUAUCGAAAUUCCUGGCCGAGAAACUGGGCGCCGAGGUCCUCGAAGCGCUCUGCCAGAAAUUGGAAUUCUCCGAGCAGGAUCUGAAAGAAACCCUGCAAGAAGUCGAUUUAAACCGACUGCCCGAUAAACUCGCCUUGCAAUCGCAUUUAUUCAACAUGCUAAUGUCCCCCAUACGCGUCACUCACGUUAGAAAACUCAAACACGGCAGAAAAGUGAUGGCCUUGUAUCGGCUCGUUUUGCUGCGAGAAACCCAACUCUCCGAGCUCCGAUCGUGGGAGCACUCGAUCAACAUGCUCGACAAGAGCGACCACCACAUCAAAAUCGAGAACCUCGUCGACCUCGAGGGCCCCCCCAAGGGCUUCGUCUACAUCAACGAGAGCCUCAUGUCGGCCGAUCUGAAGGUCUCCUUUCCGCCGUACUCGGGCUGCGAGUGCCUCGAAUGCGAUCCCAAUCGCGACAAAGAAUGCUGCGGAAGGAGCUCCAACAAUCUGAUAAACUACAACAAUAGGAGACGGGUGAACGUGAACCCCGGUACGGCUAUAUACGAGUGCAACAAAAAGUGCAAGUGCCCGGCUAGUUGCCGGAACCGGUGCGUGCAAAACGGCCGGACGAUUCCGUUGUGCAUCUUCCGGACGUCGAACGGUUGCGGUUGGGGCUUGAAGACCUUGCGAAAGAUCGGUUGUGGUAGCUUCGUGUGCGAGUAUGUAGGGGAGAUCGUGACUCACGAAGAGGCCGAGAAACGAGGGAAAAUCUACGACGCCGAAGGUAGAACUUACUUGUUCGAUUUGGACUAUCACACUAAGGACAAUCCGUAUACGAUCGAUGCGGCCAAGUUCGGGAACGUGUCGCACUUUAUCAAUCACUCGUGCGAUCCGAAUUUGGCCGUGUACGCUGUGUGGAUCGAUUGCCUGGAUCCGAAUUUGCCGAGAUUGGCGUUUUUCGCGCUGCGCGAGAUCCAGAAGGACGAGGAGUUGACGUUCGAUUAUAUGAUGAACAUCGAUCCGGUGGCGCCGACGACGCCGGAGAAGGCGAGGUUUCUUUGUACGCCGGAUAAGAUGGACGAUUCGCUGCGAUCGGAUAAGAGCUUGUGUAAAUGCGCUGCUGAUACGUGUAGGAGGUAUUUGUUUUGA